AUAAUUUAGGCAAUAGUCAGAGACAAACUUCGAAAUAACCACCACUAAGACGAAAAAAAUAGUUGAUCUCUGUGACGAUGAUGGACGAUUAUGGUAUAACGGAAGAAGAUCUGGUUAUCGAGGAAGCUCAGGGCUAUCCGAGAGCUUACGCUAAGAUCUGUCGCGAUUUUGAAGUUUUUCCGUACAGAAAUGGUCCUCCUUUCACUUUCAUGCCCUACAUUCUUCAGCAGAACGAGAGCUUAAGAUGCAGAGAAGUAGAUGCGAUGUUUCCAGUAAUUGAUCCAAAAGCGAGACCAACAACAAAACCCAAGAUCUUCCUCAGUCUCCUUUGGAAACAGCUUAAUCAUCUAGGAAAUGCUGGAUUUGAUCCAGCUGUUAUUCGGAUUGAUCCAUAUGGGAAUGUUGUUUACUUCCACGCUGAUUCAGCUUCUCCUCUUGCUUGGGGUUUUGAUCAUUGGUUCCCUUGCUCAAGAGGAGGUUUAACAGUACCAAGCAACCUAAGGAUAGUGCAAUGGCAAGCACGCAAGAACAAGAAAGACAAGCUUGAGUUCUUAGUACCAUGGUGGGAUCUUCAAGUUGGUAUUUCAGUGAAUCAGUUCUUGUCGAUUUUCGCUGCUUCAAGUUCUGAUUUCAGGAGGAGAGCAUUUUCAUUCUUGUUCAAAGAAGGCGAAAACGAAGAACUAAACGGUAUACAAAUGGUUGAAUCACACCAUUUUCCACAACAUUUUGUUGAAUCAAAAGAGAAGUUUGGGCUUGCUUCAGCUGCAGUUGUUGUUUCUAGAAGAGAUCCUUAUGACCCUUCAUUAGUCUUGAGAUCGCUCGAUUGCAAUCGUCAAACUCCUGCAAGGAAGAUGAGAUUCGGUGCAACCAAAGAGAAUGAGACUCCAGACUUAAUGAAAAAUCCGUAUCAAGCCAUUGUUGCUGCGAGGGAUUCAUUGAGACACCGAGAGGAAGCGCAGAAUAUGAGAGCUGAGAUGAAGAAGUUAGAUGAUGAAACAACUGAUUUGACAAGAAAGAACAGUGAAGAUCGGCUUAGUAUUCAGGAGCUAGAGAAUGAGCUAGUUAAGCGAAGAAGAAGAGCUGAAAAGUGCAGGAGAUUGGCAGAAGCUCAAUGCUCGUAUAGGAAUACACUUGAGAAGAUGAUCCGUGAUGCUAUGCACCAGAGUGUUGUGUAUAAAGAACAAGUGAGGUUAAACCAGGCUGCGAGUAGUGCGCUUAUGGCAAGAUUAGAGGCGCAAAAGGCGAUUUGUGAUGGUUCAGAGAAAGAACUUCACAAGAAGUUUAAAGAAAGAGAGGAGCUGGAGAAUCAAGUGAGGCCUGAGUUAGAGAAAGCAAGGAAAAGAUCAAGACUUUUGCUGAAUGAUGAAGAUGACUUGUUGCUAGACGAUAGAGACAGGAAGUUAUCUCUGUAUCUUCCAGGAACAAGUGAAGAAAUGUCAUCACACAAGGAGUUAAGGGUACACUUUGAAGAAGAGCAUAAAGCAGCGGCUUCUGAGGCUGAACCUAAGAAGCAUUGUGAAAUAGAGGAGGAGGAAGAGGAACAGAAAACUCCAGAGGUAUCUGAGAAGUCUCUUGUUGCGUUGGAAGAUAAUAAACCGGUUGAAGAAAAGCUAGAUGUAGAAGAUGGGAAGAGAGGCAGCAGAAGCUUCAGAGCAUUCCAUGUUUUCAAGGCACCAGAGAAGGAGGAAGAUGAGGAAAGCAGGAGAGAGCGAGGGAAAGGAAAUGUUGAGAAAUGGCUUCAUAUUUUACUGGAGAACAACAACAAAAGCGAUCCACACGAUCUUGAAACCGAAAAAAGCAAGAAGAUUGAUGAAAUGAUAGAGAAACUGGACCACAAGUUCCCUUUUCUUGAAAAGGUUGAUGAAGAAGAAGUGGACUUGCAGUUGCAGGCUAAGGAAGCAAAUAACAACACAAGCAAGGUUAGUGAAGAAGAAGUGGACUUGCAGUUGCAGGCUAAGGAGGCAAACAACAACACAAGCAAGGUGGAAACAAGAGCUGAAAGUUCUCGUAGAAGCAGAAUGAGUUUUGAUUUAAAGAACACACCAGAGAAGAGUGGCAGAGACAAAGUUGUGAAGAGAUCAGAGAGCGCUAGAACCUUCAGAAGGAUUCCAUCAUCUCCAUCACUUAUCUUCGGAAUGAAAAAAGGAAUAGACUGCAUCAGGAAGAAACCAGUGGUUUCAAGAAACGACGAUGAGAACGAGUAUCUUGUUAAGAACAACUUCAUCAAGUCUUCUCUUCAAUCAAUCAAACGAGCUGUCAAGUUCUAGAGAGCACGAUGAAAGCUUUCAUCUAUGCAUUUGUUUAGUGUUGUGAUCAAUAUGGUUUAUUCAUUGUUUGUGUAUAAAAAAAGACUUCCCCA